GAUGACCGAAUCCGGAAUAUCGACACAGUUUGUUUGCUGUCCUUUGACAUUACGUUAGACGUAGAGAAAUGUAUAAAAGAAUAUGCAGUAUUUCUGGGGAACAUCAGUUGCACGCCAGACAGCGAACAAUACUAAACUUACUAAAAUGAAGUCGAUCAUCCUUGUCGCUCUUGCCCUCGUGGCCCUCGCUGUGGCUGCACCGCCUGCUGAAGAGCCUGUUCAGAUCCUUCGGUCGGAGUUCAACCAGCAGCCCGAAGGCAGCUAUCAAUUCGGAUUUGAAACUGCGGAUGGGAUCUCCCGCUCCGAAACUGGUGAUGUGAAGGAAGCCUUGGAUGAGGAGAACAAGCCCCACAAGGUUGUUGUCGUCCGCGGCUCAUACAGCUACACCGACAAGGAGGGCAACCCUGAGACCGUCAACUACUUCGCUGACGAGACCGGCUACCAUGCUGAGGGAUCCUCCAUCCCUAAGCCCGCCCGGAAAUAAGCCACCACCGAUGACGCUCCGAUAGUUAUGAAAAUAAUGAAUCGUUCAUUGGCUGCCCUGAUUAGUGACUCCGAUAACGUUUAAGGAAUGAAUCGACGGUUACCGUAGCGCUGAAGUUAAGCAUAAGCUGACUUCUAAGCGUCUAUCUUUGACUAAGCCCACUGCCAUAUUUUUGUACGUUUUUAUAUUAUUUGCUGUGAUUAAUAACGUAAUUUACAGCGGAAUUAAAGUUCUGUUUAAGCCAUUAAA